AUGUGGGGCUUAUUGAUGAUCACUUGCCUGGUCAGUGCUCCGAUGAUUGCUGCCAUUCUGGCGCCUCUCGAGGAUCUUUAUGCAAGCGAGAAAUAUCUAAUCAGCUAUGUGCCAUCUCAGGACUGGCAAAAUUCGAUUGCUAACAAUGCUAGUGCCCUGUCUUUGGGUAAGAUAACGGAACUAGGGGACAAUUUCUCAUGCUAUAUACCGACUGCUGCAGCAAAGGAUCAUGACACGGUAGCAGAACUUAAUGAAAAGGAUUUGGACGCAGUCCUUUCAAGUAAUUUGAAGAAUGGAAUUGAGCUGAUCACUCAGUCCUUCAAUGGCUGUAUAUCAUACUUGAGCGGAUUCUGGAACUAUGAUUUCUGCAGCGAUACAGGGCUGGCUCAAUUCCACGGUAACUCCAAGACAACCUCAUUAUAUUACGUGCUUGGAAGAGCUAAAUCUUCGGCAGCUGAUCGAGAGUUUCAGCUUCUUUACAAUGACCUCGGUUAUUACAUCAGUGAAAUUAUGGGUUCAGGAGAUAUCUGUGAUGUUACGGGCCGUCCGAGAGUUGUGGAGGUUCAGUACAUAUGCCGUCCUACAGGUGGUCCGGCAAGCAUUCAAUGGGUAAGGGAAGUCAAAACAUGUCAUUAUGAGAUUCAAGUCGCUGUUCCACAGCUUUGCAGCCUGGAAUUGCUGUCCAAAAACGGGGACGAUGAUGUAUCGGGUUCUAUUGUUUGCGCUAAAACGCAAGAAAAUCGUGAGAAUUCUGGGUUAAUAGAAACCAUUGGUUACUAUAAGCCCACUUUCAUUGGUAAUGAGCUCUAUCUACUGGAGCCGCAUCUCAAAGAAAGCUUCCAGAACAGAACAGCUCUAAUGUACACUGGCAAGUUAUCAAUUACAGACGCUCUGUAUGAAGAAAGUUAUGGGAUCAAUGAAAAAUUUGCAAGUGCUAUCGGAAGAAUGCUCUUCCAACACUUACUUCUCUCGCCGGAUCAGUCACCUUACGAACCAGGCGACAAAUUUGCGUGGAUGUCAGAAGUUCUCGAUUCAAAAGGACAGUUCUUAACGAUGGUUGGUUUUAACCUUACAUCCUCACUGGCUGAAAUUGUUAUUGAUGAUUCUCUGCAUUUUACAGGUCCUGGUAAUUUUCUCUUUUAUGAGAGGACUAAUGUCGAAAAGAGGCCAAGUGACGAUUUGCUCGCUACUAGGGUCCCAAUGAUCGAUGGUAAAGAUGGCUUCGCUUUAUUCCACACAGAAUCGUUAUACCUCGUUGCCGAUCCCAAGGUUAAAGAGAUUGUUGAGCAUCUGAUCGGUUCUGACGAUACGGUAGAGACAUUUGAAGGUGAAUAA